CCUCAUCCCCACUUAGUAGGAUUUGGAGAUGCGAAGUCGGCUGCGUGGAGCCCUUGGUGCCUGGCUCAGAGGCGGUGUCAUGAACCCUGUCGAGCUUUUGGAAUCUAACCGUGUGUGUUAACCGCCGGAAGUAGCCGCGUUCCACCCGAGCUGAAGCCCGGGGAUGGCAGAGACAUAGCGUCUCUGCCUGAGCUGUUCACCACGUCCGCUUCGCAAGGACCGUGAGCUUCUCGUCCCAGCCUGUAGCUGUCCUGGGGACACAGAGCCCUCUGUGGUGCCUGGGGCUUGGAUUGGAGCCAGGACCUCACUUCCUCCUCUGCCCCUGCCCCUCCCAGCACCUGGCCCACACCCUACAGCCCACCCCAUGGUCUGGUCCUGGGUGGCGAUGGCGUCCAGGUGGGGUCCCCUCAUCGCCCUGGCUCCACGCUGCCUCUGGCUCCUGGGGGCGAUACUUCUGAUGGAUGCGUCAGCACGGCCUGCCAACCACUCGUCCACUCGAGAGAGGGCGGCCAACAGGGAGGAGAACGAGAUCCUGCCCCCGGACCACCUGAACGGGGUGAAGCUGGAGAUGGACGGGCACCUCAAUCGGGGCUUCCACCAGGAGGUCUUCCUAGGCAAGGACCUGGGGGGCUUUGAUGAGGACGUGGAGCCGCGGCGGAGCCGGAGGAAGCUGAUGGUCAUCUUCUCCAAGGUGGACGUGAACACCGACCGGAAGAUCAGUGCCAAGGAGAUGCAGCGCUGGAUCAUGGAGAAGACGGCUGAGCACUUCCAGGAGGCCAUGGAGGAGAGCAAGACACACUUCCGUGCCGUGGACCCCGAUGGGGAUGGCCACGUGUCAUGGGACGAGUAUAAGGUGAAGUUUUUGGCGAGUAAAGGCCAUAGCGAGAAGGAGGUUGCCGACGCCAUCAGGCUCAACGAGGAGCUCAAAGUGGACGAGGAAAAGUGGUUUACAUUUUCCUCACCGCACACGGUUUGUGCCUCCACUCCGGGUCCCGCAUUCCCUGCCGUCCUGCCAGCACCUUUAACCUUCGUCCCGUUGGAAACGGAAAGGGCAGUGAGUCCUUCGCCCUGCAGCAGCCAGGGCAGCGCCUGCGUGCGGGUGAUUCGCUCCUCUGGAGGGGCAGAUGCGGCACAGGAAGUCCUGGAGAACCUGAAGGACCGCUGGUACCAGGCGGACAGCCCCCCCGCGGACCUGCUGCUGACAGAGGAAGAGUUCCUGUCGUUCCUCCACCCCGAGCACAGCCGGGGGAUGCUCAGGUUCAUGGUGAAGGAGAUCGUCCGGGACCUGGACCAGGACGGUGACAAGCAGCUCUCUCUGCCUGAGUUCGUCUCCCUGCCCGUGGGUACCGUGGAGAACCAGCAGGGCCAGGACAUUGACGACAACUGGGUGAGAGACAGAAAAAAGGAGUUUGAGGAGCUCAUUGACUCCAACCACGACGGCAUCGUGACCGCAGAGGAGCUGGAGAGCUACAUGGACCCCAUGAACGAGUACAACGCCCUGAACGAGGCCAAGCAGAUGAUCGCGGUCGCCGACGAGAACCAGAACCACCACCUGGAGCCCGAGGAGGUGCUCAAGUACAGCGAGUUCUUCACGGGCAGCAAGCUGGUGGACUACGCGCGCAGCGUGCACGAGGAGUUCUGAGCGCCCAGCCGCGCCCCACGCCGCCCCCCACGCACCACCAGAGCGGCCCCGUGGGUGACUCCAGGCGCCCUGGCUGUCCCGGACCCCAGCCCCUCCCUGCCACCCACCACCGGCCGACCGUGGCCGCCCCAGUUGAUCAGCGACGAGUCCCCCCACAGCGCGCACCCCCGCGAGGCUCAGCGAGGCGUCCCCUCCGCAGCGCGCACCCCGGCGAGGCUUCUGCUGUGAUGCGGCCGGGGUGCGGGGCUAAGCUGCGGCUCCGCGUCGCCUCCUCCUCCCUGGUCCCUCGAAAUCGCUGCAUCUCACUUCUGAGAACGAAAUCUCGCUUCAGUCACUCUGUCAAAGGCGCUGACCACAUCGCGGCCGGAACCCCUGGGCCCGGCCCCUCCCAGGGCCACCGCUCCGUGGGAAAUAACAGCUUCUCCAUUUCCUUGAAAACUGAACGAUUAUUAAAAAUAGAUUAAACUUCGCUGGAAAUGAGUAGCCAGGAAGUUCAGGGGAGGGCGCCUGGUCCUUCCCGGCCUGGCAGGUUGGAGCCACCCAGGUCCCACAGCUGCCACCGAGAAAAUGCGAAUAUUUGUUGAGACAAGAAUCACAUUAAUUUACUGUAAACAUAGUUGCCUUUUUUGGUCAGCUUCA